AGAAGCAAUCACCAGCUCAACUCCUUUAAAGGCACUCACCAUCAACGAAUUGAGUAAGGUCUAGGGAUUUCGCGGGAACCAAUCAGCAGUCAUGUCGUACUACCCCAAAGGCCACCACCGCACCGGGGAAGACUCCGACGACUUCAACGAGUACGAUCCCACCCCUUACGGCGGCGGAUACGACAUCUCAGUGGCGUACGGCCGUCCCCUCCCCCCUUCCGACGAGACCUGCUACCCCAACCGCUCCGGCUCCCUCGACUUCGACUACGGUCGCCCACUCUACGCUUCCUUCGCCGAGCCCUGCGCCUACGCCGACAAAGCCUUGGAGCAAGAGUACCGUAGCUACGCCCGCCCGGGGCCCCGACCCGCCCCGUCUCCUCCCGGCGGCCCGCCGCCGCCCCACGCUAAAUAUGUCUCCGGCGAGCACCGCCCCAACUAUGGCUAUCAGCCGGGUAUGGAUCGCCCCGGCGGUGGGCACGAAUUCGGCAGGAAGCCGGAGCCUCCGUAUGGAUCUGCGUACGGCCGGAAGCCGGAUCAUCACAUCUCCGAGUACGGGUCCGGGUACGAAUCGGGAUAUGGGCGUAGGCCCCAGCCUGAAUUCGGGUCGGAGUACGAGAGGAAGCCCGAAUACGAGCACCCCCAUCCUCCUCCCGGGUAUGGUAGUAGGCCCAACUUCGAAUACGAGCACCCGAAUCCUCCUCCCGGGUAUAGUAGCAGGCCCAAAUUCGAGAGGCAGAGAUCUGAUAUCGAUACGACCCGCUAUAUGAAUCCAAAUGAGGACGUCCGCCACCAAUACGAGGAUUAUGGGAAUAGGGAACCAUCCAAGGACCGUCACCACCGCUUACACCACAGGCACUACGACGAGUGAAAGGAACAAUGUCAAUGAUGGCGCUGUAGUAUUCAGACACAUUCAUUAAAUUAAGGUUCUUGGUGUGCACGUUUCAGUGUGUGGUGAAUUUUGUGCUUUGCUGAAAUAAAAGGAGAAACUGUACAUGGCUCCCCCAUGUAAGCUCGCUCCAGUAUAUCUGUGUCCCUGUGUGUAUGUAUUGUAAGUUAUAUAUGUAACGUAAUGUAAUCCAGGUGAUGUGUGUGGUAUUGUGACAUACAUGUGUUUUAUUUCAAAAGUAGCGGUAAGUGUGUGCUUGGUUUAUUACAUAA